AUGGAGCCAUCUUUGUCUCCCAGUGGGGCAGCACUCCCCCUUGCCCUGCCGCUGGCCCAGCCCCCACUGCCAGCUGCUGCAGUGGUACAUGUGUCCUUCCCUGAGGUUACCAGUGCUCUCCUGGAGUCUCUCAAUCAGCAGCGGCUACAAGGCCAGCUCUGCGACGUGUCCAUCCGAGUGCAGGGCCGAGAGUUCCGGGCUCAUCGUGCUGUCCUGGCUGCUUCUUCCCCUUAUUUCCAUGACCAAGUCCUACUCAAGGGUAUGACCUCCAUCUCACUGCCUAGUGUCAUGGAUCCAGGCGCCUUUGAGACUGUCCUAGCCUCUGCCUACACUGGUCGCCUCAGUAUGGCUGCUGCUGACAUUGUCAACUUCCUCACCGUGGGGUCUGUGCUACAAAUGUGGCACAUUGUGGAUAAAUGCACUGAGCUCCUCCGUGAAGGCCGGACCUCUGCUACCACCACCAUCACCACAUCAGCAGCCACCUCAGCCACUGUCCCCAGUGCUGGCAGCUUGACAGGCAGUGGUGGCACUGCUCCCCUGGGCUCUGUGCGCUCCCAUCCUUCCAGUCAAGCCAGUGAGAACCAGUCUCCUAGCAGCAGCAACUACUUCAGCCCCCGGGAAUCCACUGAUUUCUCAUCUUCCUCCCAAGAAGCAUUUGCAGCUUCGGCAGUGGGCAGUGGGGAGCGUCGAGGAGGAGGCCCCAUAUUCUCUGCCCCUGUGGUUGGCAGUGGUGGGGCUACUUCUGGAAAGUUGCUACUGGAAGCCGAUGAACUGUGUGAUGAUGGUGGGGAUGGCAGGGGGACAGGAGCUCCCGGGACUGGACUCCGUCGACCCACGUAUGCACCCCCCAGCAUCAUGCCACAGAAACACUGGGUAUAUGUGAAGCAAGGUGGAAACUGUCCAGCACCUGUACCACUGGUUCCUCAAGAUCCAGAUCUGGAGGAGGAGGAGGAAGAAGAUCUGGUGUUGACCUGUGAGGAUGAUGAAGAUGAAGAGCUGGGGGUUAACUCAGGGAUCCCAGCAGGAAGAGGACCUGAGGCUACUCUCAGCAUAAGUGAUGUCCGGACCCUGAGUGAGCCUCCAGACAAAGGGGAGGAGCAGGUUAACUUCUGUGAGUCCUCCAAUGACUUUGGCCCAUAUGAGAGUGGGUCAUCUGGGGCAGCGCUAGAUGAUUCAGGAGGGCCUACCCCCUCCUCUUACACGCCCUCUCACCCUCCACGGUCACUGCUUCCUCUGGACAUGCAAGGCAACCAAAUUCUGGUCUUCCCAUCCUCCUCCUCCUCUUCCCAGGCUCCAGGCCAGCCACCAGGGAACCAGGCAGAGCAUGGGGCAGUGACCCUGGGGAGCACAUCCGCAGGAAGCCUGAGCACACCAACAGCCACUAGUGGGGCAUCUGGGGGAACAGGUGGUGGGGAUGGCAAUAAGAUCUUCCUGUGUCACUGUGGGAAGGCUUUCUCACACAAGAGUAUGCGGGAUCGACACGUGAACAUGCACCUCAACUUGCGGCCCUUUGACUGUCCCGUGUGUAACAAGAAGUUUAAAAUGAAGCACCAUCUGACUGAGCACAUGAAGACACACACAGGCCUCAAGCCUUAUGAAUGCAGCGUCUGCGCAAAGAAGUUCAUGUGGCGGGAUAGCUUCAUGCGUCACAGGGGACACUGCGAGCGAUGGCACCGCCUGGGAGGGGGCGGGCCAGGAGGCGGGGCCGGGCCUGGGCCUCCCCCUGGGCCUCCAGCACAGCCCAAGCGAGAGUCCCACAAGGUGGGCGGGGGUAGUGGUGAAGAAACGAGUGGGGCCACUUCCCCACCCAGCCCAACAGUCUGGUCCUCAACCAGUGUUCACAAGGUGGAAAUGGGUUUCAAUGGGGGCGGGGGGACAAACUGA